GUAUUGCACAUAAUAAUUACGACAGAGAGUACAAUCAGGGGACUUUUUAAGGCCGUUCCUUCGCAGAGUCGGGACGCGACCGCCUCGUUAAGAGGACUUCUUAUCUCCUCUGACUCGAGGCGUCGCCUUCAGAGGAGAAAUUGAAAAAUAAUCGAGUCGUUCACGGUCGUGAACGUCGCGCGGAACGACCCUUCGAAUUCCUCCGGCAAAAGAUGUUCCCUAAUUGUACCGCGGAUUGCAAUAUAAGACUCGAUAUGGCUAAUGUCUAUAUUUAGACUGCGGAACGGCGUUAAAGUCGCUGUUGAUCGAUUUUCCGCGAUUCUCGAGUUCGUACAAUUAACUUUACACGAGUAAUUGACGGCUUCAUAUACGAUUUUCAAACAUUGACCGAUGGCGCGAUUUCGCAACGCGUGCGAAACAUUUCACGGGAGAAGAUCCGCACGAACUCGAGAAUCGAGUUCCAGGGGGAUCGAUAUUGCAACUCGAAUCCGAUGAAAAUGCGAAAUGUGAGCGAGUCAUGCGAGUCUGGCCGCUUUCACUAGGGUGAAAAUGUUAGAUACUUCACGUGAGAUCACUCGACAAGAAAUAUUAUGGCAAUUAAAGCCGCUUACACACGACCGGGAAAAUCGACGCCGGUACGUGUGCAAGCGGCCUAAAGACGGGAAAAGAACGAUAUGUAAGGAAACAAGACUCGAGUUAUUUGAUAAACGAACUGGAGUCGUGGAACCGGGCCCUAAGACCGAAAACUUGAAACGGUGAUUCGGCCAGGACUCCCGUUCCCAUGGUCAUGGUUUGGCUGAGGCCGGUCGACGUUUUCCUGGAUGUGGAUCCGGAGGUUUUUUGUCUAGCACGGAUUCGCACGCGAAGACCUCUUCGACGAGCGGCAAUCACGCGGUCCAGUGCUCUCGAAAGAGGGAUAUUCUUCGUCCAUUCUGUACAGAUUCUUCUCCAGAUCUCUGCCGAUCCUCCUGACUGUGCUGGGACGGAUAUCCACUCAGUGGAUCGGAUGUCACCGGAGUGUGACACCUCUGUGGAGGACUCUUAAGAUGAUAUGAAAGGGUCGUCCUAGUCUAGUCUAAGUUAAAUAAAAAAGAGAAAUUUGUGGAAAAAUGAAAUUUCACGAGAAUCGCGUUCUUCAUUAGAACCUCCGUAAUCAUUUGCUGAAGUUUCAAAUGACUCGGUGCACCCUGGUUGGAGAAAAGUUUUAUAAAUAUUUUUACGUUUCAUUUAUGUAGGACGACCCUUUCAUAUCACCUUUAAUCUUUAUUGCAGUCCCAAUCAUGUCAAAGGAGUGAUUAGGUGUUCGGGGUCCAUGUAUCUUACGUCCAUGUUCCCAACACGUCUCCAGGGAGGGUGGUCCUGGAAAGAAGGACGAGACUUUAGACACGCCAUAAAAAAAGCACUUCCUCCGAUCGAGCGGAACUCCAUGAUACUUAACGACAAAUCCGGGCCUAAUGGCUCCGCUUUUCUGACCUUUUUUCCUCGACUUUUUUACCUCCAGCCCAUUACCCCGAAUCGGCUUCCAUCGGAACCAGAAAAACUCCCGAGAUGGGAGAGAUCACGAACCGUGGAAUUAAGUGUAUAAUAAUUAAUCCCGUUUCGCGGAUCGAACGAUGAAAUGAUUUCCACGGGAGGACGCGGUGUCAUGGGAGGUCCCUCUUCCUCCAGGGAAUUGUCUAACGGGAUUUAAAGACAAAAGGGAACGAGACGGCUGGAGAUGAGGUCGAGAGAAAAUGGAAAGAAAAUGGAAAAAAAAAUCGCAGGAAACCAGACAAAGCCCGCAGAGAUGGCAGACAGUGAUUUGGCCAUCUUUGCGAGCACCAUGAAACGUAAAACACGUGACCAUGGGGACCAUUUACUACCAUCGACUUGUCAGUGGGUCAGUUGCAAGGGCUCGGGGUGAUUACACCGUGGAGGAUCCCUGCUCUUCUGGAAGACGAUGAUUAACCGUUAAACGAUUGUACGGCGAUUUAGUCUCCCACUCCAGGUGGAUCAGCUCCAGAGACUCUUUUAAGAGAACCAGGUCGACGAGACAGCUCGAUAGUUCGCCAAAUCGAGCUCGACAGGCAUUGCAAGCUAUCGGAUAAGUUAAAUCCAGUGAAUUAAUACAUGGAUGGAGUUGUAUUAACUUACUGACCCUUCGCAUCAUGGAGGCAGUUUUGUGUGCACCUGUUCUCCCUGCGAUGAGAACUCUGUGGAUUGCGGUGGUAGUUUACGUACUGGUUGGGAUCUUUUCCUCUGGCAGCGCAGUGGAUGUGACUACGUUGAGGAGUCUCCUGAAGAUUAAUGACUCCCUGGGAGAUUCGAUGGCUUUCCUGGUUCGCAGCUCCAAGACCCUACGAGUGUCAUCCGAUGAACCUUACUUUGCUCAGAAGGAACCGUUAGAACCUUACAAUCAGUGGAACAACACUAGACCAGUUUACCAGUCGGAUGGAAAUACUGCGGUGAAGUUCCAAAAGCCUCGAUAUAAUAAUGUGGUGUCCGAUACAACUGGGAAUGAUUUCGAGAAUCGAGAUGAACAUUCAUGGAUCAAUUUUGGACCACCACAAGUGCUCGAUAAUCACAGAGAUCACUCGAACACUCGAUACGAAACAGAAAUCAACUUCCAGAGCAAUGAGAGUCCCCAGUACGAGGCGAGAAGUCCAUCUCAAUAUUUCCAUGGUGUGCAACCUUGUCACUGUCCUGCGCAUGCAUUAAAACCUACACCGAUUAUGGAUGACGAAAAACCUGGUGCCAUAAUCCAUAUCGUCGUUCAGAUUGGAUCGAUGCUGUCCCAUCUAUUCAAGAUCCUCUUCAAGAAAAGCAUCUAUCUGAUAGUUCCCCUGUUGAUAUUAAAGAUGUUAUUGGUACCAGUGAUGAUCUUCAAAUUCUUGGCAGCCGUCAAACUAGGACUGAAGUUAUUCCUCGUACUACCACUGAUCCUGAGAUUUGUUUUACCUAAAAUGUCCAAUUUCGCAUCACAGUAUAACAUAUUUGGCUUGGGCAUAUCGUCUAAUAGAUCACUAUCAGAAUCUAGAGAAAGCAGAUAUGGUGAUGCCAACUACGUAAUGUGGGAUCAUAUGAUGGAUGGCUUGGAGAAUAUCGAAGAAACUUUAGGAAGCACUCCGGAUCUGCACGCUUGUCCCAAAAAAUUAGCAUGUGAGGUUGGUGCUUUCUUUUCCAACUGGAUUAGAUCUCCUUUCUCAGAGAAACUGAACCGAUACAUCCAGAGGUUGAACGAGGAACAUGCAACAGAAAAGCCAGACAUUUACAGUAACAAACAGAGAAUGCUUAAAGCAUUUGUAACUGCUCUCGAAAGAAGAUGGACUUACGACCAAUGCAACGUUUACUCCUGUACAAUAAUUCUCUGACCCUGGUGAUCGUUCAUCUUCGCACACCUGCAAGAAACUGUACUUAUCUAGUGUAACUGUGAGUCCUCCUUGUAAUUAACGCCGCAACUGGAGCAUCUCCAAGUCCAUCAGUCCUCUCCUUGAUUUGAGGUUAUGCGCUCCACUCGAUUGAAUUUCUCGAAAGC